AUGAUAGAAAAGAAAGUAAGGUUUGCAUUAGACCUUCAUAUUGUAAAUCAUACAGGUGGGCCACCAAGAAGUAGUUGUAUUCAAACAGCUCCAUUGACUCCAAGACCAGACCAUACCGCCAUGACCAAUGAUUCUCAACCUGAUUUAAUUAAUAAUAGUAAUAGUUGUGUUGUAGUACUGAUAGAUUGUUUCUAA